AUGGACAAGACCCCUAUGGAAGGACCUGGCCAUCAUUCAGACCAAGUCGCUCAGAGCGCCGACGACGCCAAAUGCCACGGCAACGAGACAAAAUCCCCUAACGAGGCAUUAGAGGUUAUACCGUCACCUCAAGCGCUGGGAAAAAACCAAAGAAUAGACCUGGAGAAAGCUUCUCCAGAUUUGCUGGACCAGGCGAGAAGCAUAAACAUCACACCCGCGGACCUACAGUCCAGCCCGAACAAACCCACCGUGACUCCUCGAUUGGCCAGAAGGGGUCUCUUCGCUUCCCUGACUUUGCUCGCUGAGGUUGAUGAUCCAUAUCUCUAUUCAAAAAGCAGGAAAUGGUUCAUUACCUUUGUGGUGGCUUUUGCCGCAGCGGCCACUUCGCUGGGGAGUGCCAUCAUUUACCCUGCUCUUGCCGACACAGCUCGGGACCUCCAUGCCAGCGCCACCGUCACCAACCUCUCCGUCGCUCUCUACAUGCUCAGUAUAUCCUUCUGUCCUCUGUGGUGGUCUGCUUUGAGCGAAACGGCCGGCCGUCGAACGACCUACCUUGUUUCCCUGGCUCUUUUUGUCCUCUUCGCUAUUCUCUCCGCAACAGCCAAUUCGAUAGGUGUCUUCGUGGCUAUGCGCAUGCUGUCCGGGGGGGCUGGGGCAUCGGUCCAAGCAGUCGGAGCGGGUACCUUGGCCGACAUCUGGGAGCCCUUUGAAAGAGGUGCUGACAACAUGAACAAGAUUCCUAGCUGCUCGAUGGGGCUGGAGAAGCACACAGUGGUUCCUGAGACUGUUAGGAUACACGAAGAUCCGAACGAGGACGUUGCGCGAGAAACAGAUGCGAUAUCUGCCGCCUCCACAGCUCCCGGCCGCACGAAGAAAUUCCUCCGCAUGUCCUGGGGUGUCCUUGUCGACCCGCUGAAAAUGGUCCUGCUUCUCCGUCACCUUCCCAUUCUCUUCACAGCGUAUUGGGCAUCGCUCGCCUUCGGAACGCUUUACAUCGUCAACAUUUCGGUCCAAGACGUCUUCGCCAAGUCUCCCUACAACUUUUCCGUCUCCAAAGUCGGCCUUACCUACAUCCCUGCGGGCUUUGGGUUUUUGAUCUCAGCCUUGUUCAGCGGCAGGUGGGCUGACCAUGUCAUGGCAAGAGAAGCAAAGCGGAAGAACAGAUAUGAUGAGAAUGGCAAGUUGGUCUUGCGACCUGAGGAUCGAAUGAUGGAAAACGCUUGGAUAGCUGCCAUCGCGUUUCCCAUAUCCAUGCUGUGGUAUGGUUGGAGUGCAGACAAAGGGGCGUUCUGGGUUGUUCCGCUGCUGGCAACCCUCGUCUUCGGCCUGUCUGCAAUGCUCAUCUUUGGACUAGCCGUCACAAUGCUGACCGAGUUUGUCCCUCGCAAACCCAGCAGUGGGGUCGCUGUGGCAAAUUUCCUCCGCAACAUCUUCUCCUGUAUCGGCACUAUACUCGCACACCCGCUGAUUCGGGCCGAGGGCACCGGAUGGAUGUUCACUGGCCUGGGAAUCCUCGUGAGUACAGGCGCUCUGGUCAUCCUGUGGAUGAGGACGAGGGGCUCGGCCUGGCGAGAAGCCAAUCGAGGGAAGGUCGGCUGA